AUGGCGCAGUUGAGGUAUUGCUACGAGAGAGCUUUAAACCCAACCAAGUCAGAAAUCCGACUUCUAUCCAUCCUCCCAGGCCCACCGUCAAGCGACAUCGAAUGCACCAUUGAAAUAGCUUCUUUGUGUCACAGUCUUCCAUAUGCUUGUCUUUCCUAUACGUGGGGGGAACCGGGUGAUGUUGCCGUUAUUACGCUGAACAGUCUCCCCUUCACCGUUACCAAAAGCUUGUUAACGGCUCUGCAUCAUUUGCGAAAUGACCAGGACGUCGUUUAA